AUGUCAUCUACUUCUCAAACGGAAGAUGGUGGUGGUGGUUGUGGUGAAGAAGCUACUGUUGUGGCAGCAGCGGCGGUUGUCGCCUCUGCUGCAGCUCAUGCAGUCGCUGCUGCUGCUCAAGCUGUUUCUGCUGCUGUUCAUCAUCGACGAGCAUCAUCAUCAUCAUUAGAUCAAACAAUUUCAUCACAAUUGAAUGAAUCUAUUCUUAUGCAUACAAUACCUAAUCAAUCGACUAUUCAUCAUCCACUUAUGGAUUGUUCAUCAUCUGUUGGAUGUUACAAUAACUAUCCCUCGACAAAUCAAUUGGUUUCUUCUGAUCUAUAUCAUCAUCACAAUGGACAUAGUAGCAUGUUACAUGAGCAUGGACUAAAUUAUAGACAACCUCAGUUACUAGCCAAUCUAUCAUCUGGAAAUAUGUUAAAUUCCUUUAGUAUUCAGCCAUCCACAACUUGUAAUUUCUCUUCGUCUCAGUCUAUUUUUCAUCCUUCACAUUUAUACUCAUCUAUGUCUAUUGACAACAGAAGUGAUAAUUUCACCUGCGACUCAAGAAUCAAUUUACACAUUCCGAAUAUUUGCACAGGCCAAAUUCCAUCGUCUUCUAUGUUACAUCCAAUUAUACCGGCUUUCUCCAACUCCAAUGGUUUAACUCUCAUUCGAAGUACUAAUGAAUUUGUGAACGCUUCUUAUCCACUAGCAACAGUCCGACGUAUUACAAGUGAACCGCCCGACAACAGUUUUGAGUUCACAAUGCGUACUUCAGGAUUUACUGGACCCCAUACAGCACGACCACAUUUCAUCACUACACCGCUGACCUUCUCAAAUAGCGUGGAACCAACUUUACUGAACAGUAAUUUUUCAACUCCUAUCAAUCCAUCCCAUUAUCAUCAGUCAUCUGUCCAUCCGAAUCUAACUACAGUGGCUACAGAAGUCGCCGCUGCUGUUGCAUUAGCUGCAAAUCAUUCAUCAUCAUCUGUCAUCAGUCGAUGUACUGAUCCUAGCCAAAUAAGUUUCUUGCCAAACAAUAUUUUAUCGGUCAUCGGUUCGUCUACACUGGCUACAACUCGUGGAGUAAAUACUUUACUACAAUUUCUUCGAUUAAUUCAUCAAAGACCUGACUCCUAUGCAUUACCCUAUUAUCCUUCUGCUAUGACCGCUACAGCUGGUGGCUCUAAUCAAAGUGUUGUUGUCAGUGCUUCAGCUGGGAUAGCUAAUGGAACUCGAGUUGCAUCAGCUGUUACACCACCUCUAUUGUCACAUCAUCCUAUUGUUCCUCUUCAAGCAUCGUUUUUAUCUAAUUAUGCAGAAAGAGAACAUAUUACUACACAAGCUAAUAGUCUAUUCAUAAAUAAUCAACAAACAUCGAUCUCACCAUCGAUUGGUAUUCAACCAAUCACUUCAGCUACUGCUGCAUUAGCCGUUGCUAUGGCCGCUGCUGUUGCUUUACAACAACAAAAUCAUAGACAUUCAUCAUCAAAUUCCAUCUCUAUGCUUACAUCAUCUAGAGUUGCACCAACUACACCUUCGAUACCAGUUCCAAUAUUGCAUGCCCAUUUAUAUUAUCCUAGAAAUGUAACAACUGUACAACAAUUACAUAAUGCACAUCAACAAUGCUAUCAUAAUCACUAUGGCAGUAGUGCUGGUGGUGGGGUACAGUAUCACAGCAGUCAUUCUCAAAGACCUGCUUCUACGCCUAAUACAUCAGCAAGUAGUUGUUCAUCAAUUAAUCCGGUGAAUUCGUUAUUUUCAGCCUCUAGUGUUGGUGUCAGUGGUGGUGGUGGUGGUACUACAUCGCCAGCAUGUUUGUCUAAUUUAUUCCCAUUUUUAUUAGCUGUCCCUCCACCACCUACAGCACUAUUACCAUUACCAUCUCCUGUUUCAAACAAUCCGUCCACUACAAAUUUCGCUGUCAGUGACUUAUCAGAAACAUUAUUUGCUCAUUAUACUGCUGCUGCUGCUGCCGCCGCCGCUGUCGCCACUGACCAUUCUACUGUAUUUUCACACAGAAAUUCAAUCUUACCUCAAGUCGUACCGGAUCCAACUUCAGCAGCUACGGCGGCCGCAGCGGCAGCUGCUGUUGCAGCAGCGGCUGCGGCGGCUAGUGUCGAUCAACUGUUACAUUUGGCAGUUCAAUUAGAAUCGAACAAUGGUCGUGGUCUUAGUAAAGAGGAAUUGGAAAGUUUACCUAUUCGUUUGUAUACAUCAAAACAUUCUGACAGUUUGUCUGGUGAUAAACAGAACACGACUAUUUGUAAUGAAGUAAAAACCAACGUACAGAAUGAUGUGUCUGAAUGCGAUAGAUGUAUGAUUUGUUUAGAUGAUUAUGCAGAUAGUCAACAAAUUCGUCAAAUGCGUUGUUUGCACGAAUUUCAUGCAAACUGUGUUGACAAAUGGUUAAAGACCAAGCGUACAUGCCCUCUAUGUCGUGCUGAUGCAUUCACUGGAAGUCAACGUAAAGAUGAUUACUUUUGA